AUGCAGCCUCGAGUCUUUUGGCUCAUGGCACUGGUGUUUUGGGCCUUCGAUUUAGUAAAUGCUAGUCCUACCACCGCCAGGCACUCGCCCUCGUCAUCUCCUUCACCCGUGGCAAUAUCCUCUACGAAAUGGGAGUCGACGCCGCAGCUUCCUCGCAACUCUUCUAAGCCGCUACCAGCGCUCUUCAAGCCUUAUUCACCCGACACCCCAGUAUUUAUGAAUCAGGAGCUCAUUCAGAGGCUGUCAUCAAACGGCUCUCGCAAAGACUUGAGUAGGAGUUCAUCCACUGGUGCAUCCUUGUUUAAGAGGGACCUUCCCGUCGGCGAAUGUGCCCCUGGUACUCCCUGCACAAAUGGUGCCUGUUGUAGCAAUACUGGAGUUUGUUCUUAUGCACCAUCAAGCUGCGCACCAGAUGUGUGCAUAUCCAACUGCAAUGCCACUGCUCCUUGUGGUCAGUACGCGGCUCCGGGUGAAGGCAACUGUCCGCUGAAUGUCUGUUGUUCUCAAUAUGGCUUUUGUGGCACAACGCCAGAGUUCUGUGGGUCAGGCUGCCAGGCAGGCUAUGGUUCUUGUGGAGAAGUCAACACCCCGUCCUGUUCGGGCAAUACGGCUGGCAGUGGCCGGCGCGUUGGCUACUAUCAAAGCUGGGCAAACGAUCCUAGCUUGCGGCUGUGUGACCUCAGGACCCCAGAUGACCUCGAUUUAACGGGUCUGACGCAUAUCAACUUUGCGUUUGCAUUCUUCGACCCGCAGACGUUCUCUAUUUCUCCUAUGAGCUCAGAGGCAGCGGAUCUGUAUCGGAGUUUUACGGGGCUUAAAGCAAAGAAACAAAACUUACAGACAUGGAUUUCAGUGGGAGGCUGGUCCUUUAAUGACGAGGGCAAUAGUCCCAAUACACGAACAGCCUUCAGUGAUAUGGUCAGCAAUGCGGCAAAUCGGCGUGCAUUUAUUGGAUCUCUACAAAAUUUCAUGCAGACAUACGGCUUUAAUGGCGUUGACAUUGACUGGGAAUAUCCCGCUGCUUCCGAUCGGGGAGGUGUUUUAGUAGAUACAGCAAACUUUGCAGAGCUCGUAGCAGAGAUGCGGUCGACCUGGGGCACAUCAUACGGUAUUAGCGUGACAUUACCUUCUUCGUACUGGUACCUACAAGGUAUUGACGUUACUACUAUGCAACGCUACGUUGACUGGUUUAAUUUCAUGAGCUACGAUAUCCAUGGCGUAUGGGAUGCAACAGAUCGGUACACUGGUCCUUAUAUUCGUCCUCACACCAAUUUGACUGAGAUUCGGGAGGGUUUAGAUCUUUUAUGGAUGGCUGGUGUUAGUCCCAGCCUGGUAAACCUGGGUAUUGGCUGGUACGGUCGAUCAUUCACUUUAGCUGACUCCUCAUGUACUGAGCCUAAUGGGGUAUGCAAAUUCACUCAAGGUGGUAGCCCAGGCCAGUGUACGAAUUCAGCCGGCACUCUGUCUAUUUCAGAGAUUAAGAACAUAUACUCAUCUGGCAAGCCUACAGAAUACUACGACUCCGUGGCCGCGGUACGGUGGAUGACGUGGGAUAAUGACCAGUGGGUAAGCUUUGAUGAUGGUAUUACAACACAGCAAAAAGUCCAGGCUGCCAACGACCUGUGCCUUGGCGGUAUAUUAAUAUGGGCAAUGGAUAUGGACAAUAGCGACGGGGAUGCCAUGAACGAUUUGUUAGGCAUUGGUCAAGCCAACGGCGUGACCGAGGCGCAGGCGACUGAUUAUAAGGAACAGCUCGCAAAUGCCACGCUACAAUCGGCUGUUGCCGCCUCAUGUUAUUGGACCUUGUGUGGACAACCUUGCAAUAGCACUUAUUUUGACGUGACGGAAGCAAUCGGACAGGUUGCCAAUGUGCAACAAAACUCCGUCUGUCAAAACAGCGACUACCAGACGCUUUGCUGCGCCCCUGGUACAAUUAUGGGCACAUGUGCUUGGGAAGGCUGGCGUGGCGUGGGUAUGCCAUGCAGUCCAGUAUGUAGCGAUCCUGAUGCGACGAUUGUAGCGCAGAACAGCAACUCGUAUGGAACGAACGAGGAUGGCCAGACCACAGACUUAACCUGUACAGGCGGGUUCCAGGCCUACUGUUGUUCUGGGUUUGUCCCUUCAUCGAAGGCCAAUACGGGAAAUAUGUUUUUAUAUGGACAGGGAAUUUUCAACAAGCGUGAUGCAAUUGGUAAUGAUUUGAUCUCUAUCCAAGCUCGUGGCCUCGGUACAUCCACACUCACCGGGGCGCUCACCUUCCAAAUUUGCGCUGCGGCUUUAGCAGCCCUAAUUGCCGCUGCACCUUUUACAUUUGGUACUUCGCUUCUGGGAAUACCCGCUGAAAUCCUCCUAUGCGCUGCCACGGGUAUUGCUAUUGCGGCCUCUGGCUUUGCUAGCAAGCCAGGCGCACCACCCCAGAAACCACCGUUCGUAGGGCCGAAACCAUUUAAGCCAAGGAUUGGUGGCGGCCCCCAAAACCCGAAAACGCUCGGGCAGUGGCCCGUCUUGACAUUUCCUACAGGUGGCUCGGGAGUCACAGUGACGACGAGUAGUUGCGACUGCUCUGUCACGUAUACCUGUGUGUAUGGGAUGGGAUGGGACGAGAUUUGUGACAAUCAACGCUGGGCCAUAGACAAGCUUCUUAACGGACAGACUGUAUUUGCUCCAGAUGCUAAGCGGCCGAGACAACGUGAGUACACGUCGUGGAGAAACCAACGCAGAGAGUAUUUUCGUUCUUCGGUUCAGGGAGCUCGGUCAGACCAAGGCGCAGCAUGCGAACUCGACGAAUUUCCAAUGGGCGACUUAGCUGAAUCAACCAAACCUAACCCCCAGGCCUGUCGGCUGGUCAACGGUAUAGCUAAUGGGAAGCAGGGCAUAGACUACAAAUUUUGGAAAUCUGCCCAAUGGACCCCUUGCUCUUCCUACCGCGUAAAUGUGUGCGGCCUGCCCAAACCCCCUGCCACAUGGAAAUUUGGCCCUCUCGUUGGCAAUCGCGGCGCAACACGUGGUGCUCAUUUUGUAACGGCGUAUGGCUUCGACUCCCAGACGGCGAAUUCGCUGUGCUUUGCAUCGUACACCUAUACUGACAGCAACAACCAAAUUCAAAAUACAAUGGUGGCUGACCAUGGUUUCCGCGCCCUCAACAACGACCCAAUGUAUGGCUUUCCGUACUCUUGGCCACGACAGCGUUGGACCAUUAAUCCAGCACCCAAAAGCAAUUCUGCUUCACGACCAAGUGAUAUAGACAGUGCCUCCUUUCUUCGACGUGAUGUACCAAUCUCAGCGUUAGUCAAUACUUCAAAGACCGUUGAUGUCGACGAACAGACCUGCUAUGCCAAUCCCCACAACGAUCACCACUCAAUUUAUGGCUAUGCAGACAAUUCCGUUUUCGACAUUUACCAAUUUGAGGAUAUGGUUGGAAAUUCUAUUGAUGGCCAUUCUUGCGACAUUAUUUACGUAGAUGAAGACUACGACCUUGCAUCGCAGAUGUCGGUCAGACCGGACGGUAGUUUUGAGUACAUCUGGGGCGAUGAAGAUGAUACAACCAACGAACACAAGGCCCGUUGGGUGUUACGAGAGCGCCCAUUGACUAGUAGUGGUGUUAUUGGCCCAUUAAUUACUGCGGAACCACUUCUUCCACACGGAACUUUGGUGUCAGGAAUACCUGAGACUACUACCUCUGCAAGCUACGACGCAACAGAUAGUCGCAUCACUGCUCCGCCACGGUCUGUGCCUGAUGAUUACGUCCAUUGUUCCGAUUAUUGA